AUGGGCAAAAAGAUAAAGACCGGAAAGGCUAGGAAGGAUAGGUUUUACUUUCUUGCAAAGGAAACUGGGUUUCGAUCUCGAGCUGCUUUCAAGUUGAUCCAGUUGAAUAGGCGGUUUAAUUUUCUCAAUACAUCACGCGUCUUGAUAGAUCUUUGUGCUGCUCCGGGAGGAUGGCUUCAGGUUGCUUCAAAAGAAAUGCCUAUUUCAAGUCAGAUCAUUGGAGUCGAUCUGGUGCCCAUUCAACCAAUACCACGCGUGAAAACAUUUGUAGCUGAUAUUACAACCGAUAAAUGCCGCCAGUUGAUACGCCAGGAGCUGUUGCAGGAAAAAGCAGAUGUCGUUCUCCACGAUGGAGCCCCCAAUGUUGGCACAGCCUGGUCAAUUGACGAAUACAGUCAAGCGAAUCUUUGUCUUCAGGCCUUCAGUUUGGCUACAGAAGUAUUGCGGAAAGGGGGGUGGUUUGUGACGAAAGUUUUCCGCAGUCGCGAUUAUGAGCCUCUCAAAUGGGUUUUGUCGCAAUUUUUCCGCACUGUGCGAGCCAUCAAACCCGAAGCGUCUCGCUUGGAGUCUGCUGAAAUUUUUCUCAUCGGACAGUUUUACCGCGCUCCUGAUCGAAUAGAUCCUCGUUUUCUUGACUCUCGUCACGUAUUUGGGGAAAUAGAACAGCCAAAGGACCGAGCUGUUCGUUUAGUUUUAUUCCGGUUUCUAGGAAAGCAGAAGGUUAUGCCGAAGGAGAUAAGGCUCUUGCUAAAACGAACAAGGUUGAUCGUCUUAGAUUUGCCGGAUGUUGCAAAUCAUCCGUUGACAACUUCGGCGGUUAAAUCAGACAUAGAGGACAUUCAGGUUUUGGGGAAGUGCCAACCGGGGCUCGUAGUAGGUGAGACGUAUUGCUUCGAAAUUCCUACAUUGGACCUUCGAAGAAUGUAUCCCUCCACGUUAAAGAAUAAAAACAGCUUCUUGACAUUGAAGCAUCAUUUUUUAUCGUCUCCUUUGAGAUCAUGUCACUCCAAACCACCUUUAAGAUUAGUCAAACGUGCCUAA